GUCCCUGCGGUCCCUGCCGAUCCCCCAGGAUUAGGCUCAACUGCCAGCUGGGACCUCCCGAUUGGCGGGACAGAGAAAGGGGCAUUCCAUCAGCCUUACAAGAUUCGUGUCUGACUGGCGUGUCGUAUUCAUCGUCUCGUGCCAGACAUACUUUCAUGACACCCACGGGCGAGGCCUGCUCGACCACCUCAACCACCUCGACUAUCACCCAUCGCCCAAACCACAGUCGCUCUCGACAAUGAUCUGAGCAAGCCGCCUGGAUUGACCCCGAGCAUCCGUCCGCGAUGAGCCCGCUCUCCUUCCUCCGGAGUGUCUACGCGCUUGACACGCUCGACACCCGCUUCACGACUUCCUCUGCAACCUCGUACAAAACAGUCAUUGACUCGCGCGGCGAGAAGGACGUAAGAGACGCACAAAAGGAAAAGAUUGCCAGCAGGGCACCGCCUUCAAAAUGGAACACGCCCGAGUUCUACCUGUACCUCACCGUCGUGUUCGUUUGCAUCCCCUGGAUGCUCUGGAUUCCAUAUACUGUGUCAAGACCUUCCGAUCCUCGGUAUCAUAAAUAUGAACACAGGCUGACAGACGGCUGGGUUCCGGGGCGCAAGAUCGAUAAUACCGACUCUCAGUACCGCAGCUUCCGACAAAAUGUUCCAUAUCUAGCCGUUCUGCUUGUAUUCCACCCAUUGUUGAGGAAGCUAUGGAACAGGUUCAAGCCCCUCCCGCCUCAGGGCAAGGUCCCCCUCGCCGACCAGGCCGAAGCCCGACUCGAGCAGCGCGCCUCCUUCGACUACACCUUUGCUAUAAUAUUCCUGGCCGCGUUGCACGGUUUCUCCAUGUUCAAGGUGAUCGCAAUCCUGUGGAUCAACUACAACGUCGCAAAGAGACUGCCGAGGAGGCUCGUCCCGGUCACCACCUGGGUGUUCAACAUUGCGACGCUGUUUGCGAACGAGCUCUGCCAGGGAUAUCACUAUAGGGACAUAACGGCCGUGCUUUCGGGCACUUCCCCUUUCCUGCUCCGGACGGUGCACGUGCAUAACGCGCUUGUGGAUUGGGGUUUGUGGAUGGACAGCUGGGGCGGUAUCAUGGGACGCUGGGAGGUCCUGUUCAAUAUCACCGUCCUGAGGUUGAUCAGCUUCAAUCUGGACUAUUACUGGAGUCUGGACCACCGUGGGACAAGCUCUAUCGAGAAGAAACAACUCGACCCAGCCGCUCUCUCGGAGCGAGACCGCGUGACAAUACCAGCGCCCAAGCGAGACUACAGCUUCCGUAACUACCUCGCCUACGCGCUCUACGCCCCGUUGUACCUCACGGGGCCUAUUCUCACCUUCAAUGACUACAUUUCCCAGCUCCGUUACCGUCCACACAGCAUCGAGACCAGCCGCACCGUGCGAUACGGCGUGCGGUUCCUGCUCUGCCUGCUGUGCAUGGAGCUCCUCCUGCAUUUCAUCUACGUCGGCGCCAUCUCGAGCUCCCUGCCGGUGUGGGACUCGUACACGCCCGCGCAGCUCUCGCUGCUGAGCUUCCAGAACCUCAUCAUAAUCUGGCUGAAGCUGCUGCUGCCCUGGCGGUUCUUCCGGCUCUGGAGCCUGGCGGACGGGAUCGACCCGCCCGAGAACAUGGUGCGCUGCGUCAGUAACAACUUCUCCACGUUGUCCUUCUGGCGCGGGUGGCACCGCUCGUACAACAAGUGGCUCAUCCGCUACAUCUGGAUCCCCCUGGGCGGCGCGUCGUUCGCGACGCUGUACUCGUCCCUGCGGUCCAUUGCUGGCUACCUGAUAAUCUUCACCUUCGUUGCGCUGUGGCAUGACAUCAAGCUGCGCCUGCUCAUCUGGGCCUGGCUCAUCGUGCUGUUCAUCGUCCCUGAGGCCCUGGGCAGGGUCGUCGUUACCAAGAAGAUGUUCGGCGGGAAUGAGACCCGUUAUAGGAUGGUUUGCUGCCUGGGUGCGGUGGCGAACACGCUGAUGAUGAUGGCGGCCAACCUCGUCGGGUUCGCAUUCGGGCUGGAUGGAUUGCAGAGUAUACUCAGCGGCAUAUUCCAAUCUUUCUCUGGCAUACUCUUCCUCAUCACGGCAUGUACAGCAAUCUUCAUGGGUAUCCAGGUUAUGUUUGAAAUCAGAGAGAGCGAGGCUCGGAGGGGCAUCUCUUUGAAGUGUUAGAAAAAUCUAGUGAACAGAAUAAGCUCGUCUCGGCACACCGGGACUUCAUUCUACCA